CUUAAAUAAAAAAAUUGACACUCCUGGACCCGUUUAAAUCCGCAUGUGUACAGUAAGUUGGCCCGUUCCAUAGAGGAAAGAGAAAAAAAAAUGACACUCUCUAUUCUACCCUUCCUACAAACGCUUUUAGAAUGACAAACCAAUGAUGUUCAUUUGUUUUACUUGAUGGCCGAAUCCCAUGUAGGUCAGGCCCAUUCAACUCUUUUAUUUUAUGGUUAGUGGUUAACCCAUAAGAUACCAUGCAUUAGUUUAUUGUUAAAUUUUUUAUUUUUAGCAAUAAAAAAGAGUAUUGUUUUUGCCUUUUCAUAUAUAUUUUAUCACAAUGGAGAAAUAAAAGAGCUUAAAGAAAAAAAUUGACACUUCUGGACCAGUUUAAAUCCGCAUGUGUACGAUAAGUUGGCCAGUUCCACAGAGGAAAGAGAAAAAUUUUGACACUCCCUAUUCUACCCUUCCUACAAAUGCUUUUAGAAUGGCAAACCAAUGAUGUUCAUUUGUUUUACUUGAUGGCCAAAUCUCGUGUAGGUCAGACCCAUUCAACUCUUUUAUUUUAUGGUUAGCGGUUAGCCCAUUAGAUACCAUGCAUUAGUUUAUUGUUAAAUUUUUUAUUUUUAGCAAUAAAAAGGAGUAUUGUUUUUGCCUUUUCAUAUAUAUUUUAUCACCACGGAGAAAUAAAAGAGCUUAAAGAAAAAAAUUGACACUUCUGGACCCGUUUAAACCCGCAUGUGUACGGUAAGUUGGCCCGUUCCACAGAGGAAAGAGAAAAAAAUUGAUAUUACCUAUUCUACUCUUCCUACAAACGCUCAUGGAGCAGGAAAUUUGAAAUGGGGGAAGAGUUUUUUCCUCCCUGCUAUUAUAUGCUUUUAAUUUAAAUAGAUACAACAAAUGUACUUAGUGUGAUUGGUUAUGAUUCUUGUUUUUCUUUAAAAUGAUCAUGGUUCGAAUCCUAAUACAUGUGUUUUUAAUGAAUAAAAAAAAGUAAUUGUGAAGACCAAAAUGUCCUUCCUACUUUCACUCUCGUUGCAGAAAAUUUGAAAUGGGGCUCCUUUUUUCCUUAUUCACUCCAAUGGCCUGUGGCUUUAGGCCCAACCUUUUUAGCUUAAUAUCAUUUUCGCCAUCAAUUUCUUAUUUGGCUUAUGUUGAAACACUAAAUUUUUCCAAAACUACAAACUGAACCAUCAAAAUGAACUCGAAUUUAAAACACUCACUUUAGUAGCUCUCCUCAAUUGAACUGCAAUUUGAUGAUGUUUAGUAGCUCUCUUAAAUUGGCCAUAUUACCUCUUGCAUUGUACAUGAUACAAGAGGAAUAUAUAUGAACACAAACUUACAUUAAAAUUGACGAGAAAAACAUAGUAUAUCGAUUGUAUUAUUAUUUUCAAAUUUCGCUUUUAGUGCUAAACUAUAUUUUGUGAACUUAACUUACUAAUCGAUGUCGUUCAUAGAGUAAUCUUUAAAAUAUGAUGAAAAAAAGAGCUUAACUUCUCUUUAGAAUCAGGUUAACAAUCUCCAUCUUGAAGUCAUCUCUUCUCUUUAACGUCAUAUUUUACCUUAUCGUUAUUUUAUCUGUUGUAUCUAACAUAUAAAACUACCUUUCUUACAUUUGAGUGAGUCACGAGAGACUAAACUUUAAUAAGGAGAGAACACAUCGAUCAUAUUCUGGGUAAAACAUAAACACAGGUAACAAGAAAAUGGAGCCCGUGGCAUCGCCAGGCCGCAGGUGUUGAAACUGUUGCUUAAGCAAAAUGGAUUUACAGUCGAAGUGAAUGAACGAGGCUUGCAUAUGCUGUCAUUAUUAUUGAAUAAUCAGGUGCUAAGUCAUUAGACGAACACUUGUUUUUCACGAGAGAACAUAAAAGAGCCCCUGAACACUGAAGACAUUCAUAAGAUCGAACAUAGCAGCAAAGUAAGAUCAAGGAUGUGUACAGAAAGAGUGGUAGGUUCAUUCUAUACAGAUGUUUGAGACUGCACCAAGUAGAGCUAAAAGGCUUUCUAUCCAACCUAUCAUCCACAGCCUGUGGCCAGUGAGAUGUUCUUCGUUACACGGUUUCAUAACCAUAAACAUUAUUUGAAGGUACUAACAUAUGCAUCGACAUGCAGUUUCUAUCAAUGGUGGACCGUGGAUGCCAAUUUUUCUUGUGUUGUUUGCCUCCAGCUACCAUAGCCAUUUCCUCGACAGUUUCAGUAUCAUCCUGACGGUCGGUCCUGACCAUCUAGGGAAUCAUCGGUCUUUCUGUGUCUUGAAAAUGGAGACCUGCAGUUCAUUAUGGAGCGAAGAGCGGUUCAAGCAGGAGGCAGGCAGGCUACAAGAAUCAUAGAAUAGGAGUGAAUCAGUGGAGAUAGUAGCAAACAGGAAACAUUCAAAGCAGGUACAAGUUGGGAGAAAUGUAACCUACUACAGAGAGAGCAGCAAAACCAAAGCAGAAUCAUGUCCAUCUCAAGUAAUCCAGACCACAAGCACCUAAUAUAUCACCCUUUGUCUGGAACUGUCAUCUAUAUUCCAAGCCACAAAGCACAUAACUCAAUCUAAGGAACCAUCUCAAGUAAUCCAGACCACAAGCACCUAAUAUAUCAACCUUUGCCUCGAACUGUCAUCCAAAUUCCAAGCACAUAACUCAAUCUAAGGAACCACCUGAUUCAUACAAACAUAACCCACAAAAACAGAAUGCUUCUUCUGAAGCACACACCUAAGAGAACGAAGUUGCAGAUGACGAGACAUAAAAAGGAAAAGAUCACUACUGUCAAUUGUAUAAUAGAUCGUAUUUACUACUUUCAAAUUUUACUUUCCACACUAUGACAAUACCUUUAUCAACUUUACCUACUAAGCAAUGCUUAUCCCCAGAUCUAUCGGCGCAACACGAUACUGGCAAUCUAAAAAUGGAAAGAGACACUUACCUUCUUUAUUGAAUCAUGUUAGCAAUCUGUCAUCUCUUCUCUCUGACGUUGUCUCUUACGUUAAACAUUGCACGAGAAAGACAUAAUACGCCGAUUUUGCUUUAUGUAAAACAUAAACAGCAGACAUCACAUAGCAACAAGCACAAGAAUUAGACAGAUGUAGGCAGAGUUUGGCUGGGCUUCGGUUAAAGCCAGAAGAAUCCAUGGUGGCUUGAGUAUUUGCCAAAACUCCUAAUUUGUGGAAGGCCUUGGGUUGCGGUCUGCACCGCUGGUUUGCUUGGUCCUCAAUAUAAUCACAAACAUUCGGCUAUGAAUAAAUUUGGACCGAAGAAAGCGACCGAAAGUUGGUACUCCAAUCUUUGACAUGACAGAAGAAACCCAAAUCCUUUACGCAACUCUCUAGCACCUGCCACUUAAGGACUGCAUCUCAAGGAGAAAUUGCACCAUUCUCAACCCACUAAUGGCUCUAAAUGAUUUCCCAGUCAUAUGGCUCCUUGUUCUCUUAUUUCUUGCCCUUGUGGUUCUCAUCCUCAGGAACAAGAUCAACUCAUUAUCAGGAAGAAAGAACAGCAACCUGCAGCAACAGAUCCCACCAGGUCCUCCUAAACUUCCAAUACUUGGCAACUUGUAUCAGCUUGGUGCUUUGCCGCACCAGUCACUCUGGCAACUUGCCAAGAAAUACGGCCAUGUUAUGCAGUUCCACUUCGGCCGGAUACCUGCCGUGAUUAUCUCCUCACCUGAAGCGGCCAAAGAAGUGCUGAAAGUUCAUGACCUUGCCAGUUGCAGCCGGCCACCCCUGGCUGGAACUAGGAGACUGACAUAUAACUAUCUGGACGUGGCUUUCUCACCUUAUGGAGACAACUGGAGGUUCAUGAGAAAAAUGAUUAUACUCGAGCUCUUCAGCAUAAAGAGGGUGAAGGCGUUUCGGUUUGUUCGGGAGGAAGAAGUUGGCCUGCUGAUCGACUCCAUCUCUGAAACAUCAGCAACUGCCUCCACCGUUGAUCUCACUGAGAAGUGUUACUCUCUCACAGCAAACAUAACUUUCAGGAUGUCAUUUGGGUUCAAUUACCAUGGGAGCGACUUCGACAAAGGCAGGUUUCAUGAAGUGGUUCAUGAAGCUGAGGUUGUUAUGGGAACCAUAUCGGGGAAGGAGGGUUUCCCUCGAGCAGUUGGUUGGAUUGUUGACAAACUCAGUGGCCACGAAGCAAGGAUUGAAAGAGUUUUUCAUGAGCUCGACACUUUCUUCCAGCAUGUCAUUGAUGAACACCUCAAGCCUGGAAGGGAAGGAACUGAAGAAGACAUGAUCGAUAUGCUGCUGGCAAUCGAGAAAGAACAAACUCAACUACUCGGUAGCAAAUCUCAGUUCAGAAGAGAGAACAUCAAGGCAGUUUUGCUGAACCUGUUCAUAGGUGGAACUGACACUGCUGCAUUGACUGUGAGCUGGGCAAUGGCAGAGCUGGUGGCAAAUCCCAAAUUGAUGAAGAAAGCACAAGAUGAAGUCAGGGACAUAGUUGGAGAGAAAGGCAGGGUAACUGAAGAUGAAAUUGAAAACUUGGAAUACUUGAAACUGGUAAUCAAAGAAACUCUGAGACUCCAUCCACCAGCCCCUCUUCUGCUCCCGAGAGAAGCAUCAUCCCACUUGAAAAUCUGCGGAUACGAUGUUCCUCCCAAGACAUUGAUCCACGUCAAUGCCUGGGGGAUGGGACGGGAUCCAAACUACUGGAAGAAUGCUGAUAAGUUCAUCCCUGAAAGAUUUGCAGACAGCUCCCUGGAUUUCAAAGGACACGAUUUCGAGUACCUGCCAUUUGGAGCUGGUCGCAGAAUCUGUCCUGCAAUAAACAUGGGAAUCAUCACUGUGGAAAUUGCACUGGCGAAUCUGCUCUACCGUUUCGACUGGAAAUUGCCAAAUGGGAUGAAUCCCGAAGAUGUAACCAUGGAAGAGAAGAGUGGCGUCAGUCUGACUUUGGCCAGAAAGGAGCCUCUCCUACUUGUCCCUGUCAACUGGCUCAACAAGUAAACCAGCAGAAGCACAUCAUCUGAACACUAUGAAUCCGUAUCAGUGAAAAUAUCCUACUACUACUUGUAACUAAAUAAGACGCCAAUAAGAACUAGAGGUUUGUUUUCCUGCUAUUAGUGUGCAGCUCAAAAACAUAAGAGAACCUUAUAUGGGAGCAACUUUGUCCUCCAUAAUGAAUGCCGAAAUGAAAGCCAAGAACACCGAGGACAAACCGAAAGUGGCAACAAUGGGGAAGUGAAUUAACAUGUACAAUAUAAUAAUCGGCCAUGAAUAUUGAACAGCAGAGAAAUAGGAGCAGUGCAGCAGUAACAGUAAAAGCCACUUAAUGAUGAUGCACAUGAACUUACUGCAGUUGGGUUGGCAAACAAAGUCGGCAAUUUGAU